CACUCCCCCUUCCCCAUGGCAACCAGAGUAACCGCGGGACAAACGGAAGCCUCCGGGCCCCGCCCCUCGGCGAGGAGCCCCGCCCACCGCGGGCGUCCGUUGCGGCGGUUGCGGCGGAGGGGAGGCGGCGACGCGUGUCCAGUCGGGCACGUGGGAACGAGGACCGCGGCGUCGUGGGCACCCCGGGCAGUUGCUGCGUCUGGAAUCCGAUUCGGUGGUGUUUCUUUGAAAGUGGGCACGAUGCUCAUCCACUCACCUGAAUAAAAGGAUGACACUAUGGGAGGCAAGAGCAAAGGGAAGGGGUCUGGCAAAGGGAAAGGCAAGACUGCGAAGAAAUCCAAGAAGGCCGCUGUGGAGGUGGAUAUUCUGAGCCCAGCCGCCAUGCUCAACCUCUACUACAUCGCCCACAAUGCCGCCGCCUGCCUGGAGUUCCGUGGCUUCCCGUGGCCGGGCUCUCUGAAGAAGAAAGGGAAGAAGAAGAAGUAGGACUGGGGUGAGGUGGAAGACCCCCACUGGGGGGGGGAGUCUCAUUCCACGAAGGUCUCCUCAGGGCCCAAGCGAACCAUCUCAGGUUUGCCGUGAUGCUUGUGGUUCUCACAAAGUAAACCUUUCUUUGCGCUCUCGCCGUGGCACUCGGCGUGGUGUUUGCCACGUAAAAACCUUCCACACGGCCCCCACUGCCACCCGCCCUGGAUCCGGUGCGCGAGCCAGCAGCCUCCCUGCCGAAGGCCGGCAUCCAACGGGCGUCGCGACAUUGUCCGGCCGAUCUCAGUUUGCAUUUUAGGAGGCCUCAUGCACUCGAGACGUCUCACUUGCGUGAUGUCCUAACUUGGCACAUGUGACACGAUGCACCCACCCCGACCGCCUUUGCGUGCAGUGAUGGGCCCGGUGGGGUUUGUGCGCCAGUUGCCUGAGUCUACGAGGGCAGGUCAUUUUUCCCUCCGCCAGCUGCAGGGCUGACGGGCACCGUUCUUUCAACCGAGGUUUCAUGGGUGGCCAGGAUUUCGUGUCCUUGAGCCUCCGGGCCGCGGACGAGUCCCUAGCCACCCUCUCUUCUCAGGUAGCCAGGAGGGGGGAAAAGGGAUGCCCUGAUGCGGCCUGGAACCGGACCAACGUCUAGAGAGCGUUCCCAAAUCCUCUGCAAAAUUCUUGCAACCGGGAUCCUCUGUCCUUUAGCGCCGGUCCUGGCUAGAUCGUGGCUUGAACGGAAGUCACAUUCCCCCACUUGCCUGGCUGCGGAUAAAGGCCUGGCCUUCGUUUAUCUCUGGGACAGAUACGGCAAUGACGUCCCGUGGCGCAACUCCAUCAGCGGAGGGAAGCAACCACUACACCCCACCUCUAGAGAUCCACGUUGCCCAAAGAUGUUUGAAGAUGGUUUUCAGACACGGGAGGAAACCUCGUUUGCCCGUGGCUGCAAAACUUGCCCUAGGAUGGGAGGUUGACGGGGAAAGGAGCCUGCCUUGAUAUCCCAGCAGAGAUGCUGUGAUUUGGAGACCUAAAAUGUCAAAUUAGAAAUCUCACCUGCAGCAGGAGAACUUUUGGUCCAUGGGAGGUUAAAGUCUGGCUAGAUGCGUUUUGCGCUUCAGGGACCGGGGCUGAAGUGGGGAAUUAUCCAGUCCAGAUGUUCUUUAAGCAUCCUUCUCAGUCCUUGCAAAGGCUCCUCAAGGCUGGCCAAAGUGGGUGCUCGCUGCUCUUGCCGAAAAUUGUCCCGACGUCCAGCUGAUGGCUGUGGAUGCAUAAGAGUAUCCCUCUUUCCCAUCCAUUGGUGAUAAGAUUGGUUGGCAAAAGACACGAGAGCCUUGGCUGAUUCAGAGAAGGGCGAGGGUGUCACAUUGUCAAUCAGGACGAUGGUUGUGGCAUCCAACUUAACACUUUUUAUGGCCCCUGCCUCGCUCACGGUCCUCCAUUUUUUUUGGGUAUGAUGCAUCCCCUGCUAAUUUUGCAAUUCGAUUGGCACCUUCCUAGCGAGAACGCUGUAUUGAGAGGCCUGGACGUCCUCCGUGCAUCUGUUUGUUUUUUUUUGGACCACGAUGUCAUGUUAUUGGUAUAGCGUUCCUUCCACGCACAACGCAGUGUGACGGCGCAAGCCGACCUCUGCCGCUUUGCGUCCACGUUACCGCUGUUUUGCCCCCUCCCCUGCCUAUUUCGAAUUUUUCUGCCUUCGUUCAAAAGCUGAACGGCCCGUUUUGUUGUUGUGUUAUGGGUUAUUCACAAGUUUUGGGUUUUUUUUAAAAAAAAAAGUUUUUGAAGAAAAUGUCUCAUUUUUCGUAUUAAUGUUCGGGGAUAGGAAAAAGCAGUUACGGCACAGAUUCCCCAAACAUUAGUGUGAAAAAUAGACAUUUCUUCUCUCUUUGAUCAGUGUCACGUUUUGCUAGCAUUUUGGAGCUAGUGAGGCUGGAGAGGGGAAAAUGUUUAAGAUGGCCCACAAAAGACCCUGGAGAGAGAAAAAAGUGGAAGCUAGCAGAUUGGGACCCCCCCCCCAAAAAAGGAUUGGAGAUGGAUAGACAGAUUACCCCAGUGGUCCAAGAAGCAGAUGGCCUUUAAGUUAGGUACCUAAUUUAGUAAUAUCCUAACGUGUUGGGCGUGUCUGCAGGCUUCCCUAGGGAGACUGAACUUAGCACUGAGCGAUCCCAUUCCAAGCAUCCCGGUUUCUUUUUUUAUUCCAAGGUUGUUUGGCAAGGCCUUCUUGGCAAACAUUAUCAGGGUAGCCACAAGUAACACACACAAGCCCUUCCCCAAAUCUGCUCUUUGAAUGUGGGAUUAAGAGACCUCAUGAGGCGCUUCCGGUGCUGAUGUGUUGGUUGCCUUUUUGUCGCUUCCAGGCGCUCCCCGCCUGCUCCAAACCCAGACCCAGAUUUUCCUGGGGUUUCUCUGGGUGGACAAAAAAACAAAAAAAUAGUUGGCUUAUUGUUAAGGGCUGCAAGUUGCAGGCUGUUUGCUCUGCAGUGGCCCCAGUGCUUUUUGAGAUUUCUCCUAAGCGUGCGGUGCUAUUCCCAAACUGGGAACAGGCCAGUUUUAAGAAAUAUAAAAUGCAGAAGUUGAUAGCAACAUAUUUAAGGUGUUAUUCAUUGUUAACUUAAUUUCCCAAUUGUAUUUUUUUUUUACACAUAAAACAACGUUUGGAGGUAAUAAAACUUCAGCCAGUGUUGAUUUGUUAA